AUGGAGAACAGCACAGGCAAUGGACAGAAUGAGACAGAACUUCUGCCAAACCUGGAGGUGGUCACCACUGAGUACCAAGUGGUCACUAUAUUCUUGGUUCUCCUUAUUUGUGGGUUAGGCAUUGUGGGCAACAGCAUGGUGGUGCUGGUGGUACUUAGGACAAAGCACAUGAGGACCCCUACCAAUUGUUAUCUGGUCAGCCUCGCAGUAGCUGAUCUCAUGGUCCUCGUGGCUGCUGGACUGCCCAACAUUACUGAAAGCAUUUACGGUUUCUGGGUUUAUGGCUACAUUGGAUGUCUCUGCAUUACUUACCUCCAAUAUCUUGGUAUCAAUGCUUCUUCUUGCUCUAUUACUGCCUUCACCAUUGAGAGGUACAUUGCAAUUUGCCAUCCUAUCAAAGCUCAGUUUCUAUGCACUUUCUCCAGAGCCAAAAAGAUAAUCAUUUUUGUCUGGGCAUUCACCUCCAUCUAUUGCAUGCUCUGGUUUUUCUUACUGGAUCUCAACAGAGAAGUCUACAAAGAAGCCACAGUGGUGUCUUGUGGGUACAAAGUGUCUCGGAGUUACUACUCUCCAAUUUAUAUGAUGGACUUUGGGAUAUUUUAUGUCAUGCCAAUGGUCUUAGCGACUGUCCUCUAUGGGUUGAUUGCAAGGAUUUUGUUUCUGAAUCCCAUUUCGUCUGACUCCAAAGAAAACUCAGCAACAUGGAAGAAUGAUUUGGUUCCCUCAAGCAAGACCAAAGCAACCAACAAGAGCAUCAACAGUGCUGUGGCUUCAAGAAGGCAGGUUACCAAGAUGCUGGCUGUGGUUGUAAUUCUAUUUGCCUUUUUGUGGAUGCCCUACAGGACCUUGGUGGUCAUUAAUUCCUUCCUGUCUCAACCUUUCCAAGAACCUUGGUUCUUGCUGUUCUGUAGGAUCUGCAUUUACCUUAAUAGUGCCAUCAAUCCUGUUAUUUACAACCUCAUGUCUCAAAAAUUCCGAGCAGCCUUCAAAAAACUCUGCAAGUGCCAACAGAAACAGCUGGAGAAACCUGCCAACUACAGUGUAGCCCUCAACUACAGCAUCAUCAAGGAAUCUGAACAUUUCAACACUGAACUAGAGGACAUCACUGUUACAGAAGCUUACUUGUCAUCCACAAAAGUAUCCUUUGAUGAUACCUGUGUGACCUCUGAGGUAAUAUGA